AUGAUCAAGCAGUGGACUGAAUGUGAUGUUAGUAGUUUUGGAGAGAGUCGAGCUCAGCAACAAACUUCGCUAAGAAAAAAGAUAUUUGAUCACAAAGUUAGUGCUACUCAUGAAGCUGCUGUUAAGAUUUUUGCAGAUUCACAGAAAGAAACGUUAGAAAAGGUUUUUUUAAAAACAGUGUCAAAAGAAAAAGAAGUAACGGCGCGAGUUUUUCGAACUGCUUAUAAGGUAGCAAAGGAAAAUCAAUCUUUCAACCACUUUGAGGCAGAAAUAGAUGUUCAAGAGCUAAACGGGUUAGAUAUGGGCAGAAUUUUACAUUCACGGAACGCUUGUGCUAAUAUAAUUACUCACAUAAGUUCAGAAAUGAAGAAACAAGUUGUACAGGAAAUAGUAGAAGGAACUGAUAAAUUUGCGCUUAUUAUUGAUGAGUCAACAACAUUAAGCAAAAAAUCAACAUUGAUUUUGUACCUUAGAGUGUGCCUAAAAAAGUUGAAUAUGGAGUCACCUGUGAACUUGUUUUUAGACCUUAUGGAACUGGAAAAUGUGACAUCUCGUGGAAUUUUUAAUGCUGUUAUGAAAUGCCUUGAAGGUCACAAAAUAGAUGAAAACGUUUUAAAAAGUAGACUUGUUGCUUUUGCAUGUGAUGGAGCGGCAGUGAUGCUUGGAGGGAAGUCUGAGGUUGGUGUACUGUUGAAAGAGAAGUUUCCAUCUAUUGUUAUUUGGCAUUGCUGUAAUCAUAGACUUGAGUUGUGUGUGAGUGACGUGGUAAAGAAAAUGGCAAGUAUAAACCGGUUCAAGGGAUUUAUAGACAACCUAUACGUACUGUAUCAUGCCUCGCCCAAGAACAGUCGGGAGCUGCACGUAUGUGCCGAUGAGCUUGGUGUACAACUGUUAAAAAUCGGUAGAGUGUUGAACACGCGGUGGGUUGCAUCAAGUUUUCGCACAGUUUCGGCCGUUUGGGAAAAUUAUGAGGUCUUAGCCAACCAUUUUGCAGCAGCCAAAGUAGACCAGACGCGUGAUCCUUUGGAAAGAUCGAAAUACGAAGGCCUACACAGAAAGCUGACAUCAACGUGCUUCAUUUUGGAUUUGGGACUGAUGUGCGAUGCACUGCAAGAACUGUCUGAUGUUAGUGAGGAGUUACAACAUCGAGACCUUGACCUAUUUCGAGCUAACAAGAAACUUUAG